AUGGCAAGACCAAAUAUGAUCAAGGCCACCAGACGUGCCAUCAAAGACAGUCCCAGGGAGAUCUUCAACUGGUAUCUCCUCAUGUGUACCUGCAUCUGGAGUUUCUCUGGUGUCGCCAAGGGUUUCGACGAAGGAAACAUCGCCUCCCUCGUCAUUAUGGAGGUCUUCAAAGAGCGGUUCGGGAUCGAUAAACAGACCGAUCAUCAAUAUGCAAACACAAAAGGCUGGAUCGUGGCUAUCGCUACGGCUGGUGCAGUCUUUGGAUGUUUGGGUUGUGUUUGGCUUACCCAGCGGCUGGGACGGACACGUACCUUUCAGUUCUUCACUGUUGUAUAUAUGGCUGGUAUCUUUGGCCAGACGUUUAGUAGUGGUAACCCUGGUGCUCUUUAUGCGACUCGUGUCAUUGCUGGUAUCGGUGUUGGCGCGACGACCGUCUUGCCUUCGGUCUACAUCGCAGAGAUAUCACCCCAGCCCAUUCGCGGUCUCUUGACGCUCCAAUACACCUGCUGCCAACAGCUCGGCGUUGUCUUUAGCUUCUUCUUCAACUAUGGCGUCACCAAAUACCACGCCGGAACAAACCUACAAUGGCAGCUCCCAACCGCACUUCAGCUCAUUCCAGCUCUCAUCUGGGGUGUCGGUACAUUCUUCACUCCUGAAACGCCCCGCUUCUUGCUUAGACAGAACAAGAGAACGGAGGCACUUGCUACGCUGUCUCGCUUCCGAGGACUCCCAGAAGAUCAUUCCUACGUUCAAUCUGAGUUCCAGGGUAUUGAGAGCCAGUUGAACCAUGAGAUUGAGAUUGUUUCUGGUGCCAAUACUUGGGACUUGAUCAAAGAGACCUUCACAGAUCUCUCUAACCGACGACGCUUCGUUCUCAUGUUUGCUUGCCAUGUCUUUGGACAGUGGUCCGGUGCCAACGCCGUCACUCAGUACAGCCCUACUAUCUUUGGAUAUCUGGGCAUUGAGGGCACUGAAGCUCGCUUCUUGGCUACUGGGUGUUAUGCCAUCUUGAAGUUUGUGUCCGUGCUCAUUUUCUCUGUGUUUGUCAUCGACUUCAUCGGCAGACCUUAUCUAAAGGUCACCAAUGGUUGGACCCCGGAGAAGAUUGAGGCAAGCUCAUCUGCUAUGGCAGCUACUCGCGCAGCUAUUGCAGCCAUCUACAUCCACGCCAUCGCUUGGUCCAUCGGCUGGUUCUCCAUUCCAUACCUCGUCUCAGCCGAAGUCUUCCCUCUCAGAAUUCGUUCCAUCAAUGUCUCCAUUCUCAUGGCUGUUCACUGGGCCAUGUAUUUUGACUGCUCACGUGCCAUGCUCGUAAGCUUCUGGUUCAUUCCGAACUUCCCUGACUCGACUGGUACAUAUUUCAUCACCGAGGAAGAGGCAGCUAUGGCUCAAUAUCGUCAGACUGUGUCCGCUGGUGGCAUCGCUGAAGAUGAUGCUGGAAGCUACUGGGAUGGUUUCUGGAUGUGUAUGAAGGAGCCAUUUGCCCAUCUCUUUGCGGCUAUUCACUUCUUCUUGAUCAUCGCACAGUCAUACAAGGACUUCUUCCCUUCCAUCGUCGCUACCAUUGGAUUCUCCGGUACCACUACCUAUCUCAUUCAGGCCCCUCCUCCUAUCAUCGCCUUCAUUGCGAUGAUGGGCAUCUCGUGGUCUUCUGGUCGACGACUGGAACACGGUUAUCACAUCAUCGUUCCUAUUCUUCUUACUCUGAUCGGCUGUGCUGUCAUGAUCACCACGCUUAAUGUGGGCGCCCGAUACUUCUCCAUGAUCCUGCUCGUCGUUGGUCCGUUCGUUGGUCUCAACAUCCAAAUCUCUUGGGAGACAACUGUUGUCCCUCGUCCCCGCACAAAACGUGCUGCCCUCAUCGCGUACGCCAACUGUGUUUCAUCUGUUUCCCACUGGUUCACACCAUACUUCUUCCUCCGAAACCAAGAACCUUACUAUCAGACCGGAGGAGGUGUUAUCAUUGCAGGCUGUGGUCUCGUUGUGGUGUUUGUCCUCAUCACGAAGUGGUACGUGGCUAAGAAGAAUAAAGCCCUCAAGGCUGCAGAGGAUGCAGCUGGUGAGCCUGAGGGAUGGAGAUUUGCUGGUUAG